CCCUUUUCUUUGCUGAAUGCUUAAAGCAAUAAAUGUAGAUCUCCAAAGUGAUGCUGUUCUUCAAGUGGACAUUUCGGAUGCUCUUAGCGAAAGGGAUAAAGUCAAAUUCACUGUUCACACGAAGAGUUCAUUGCCAAAUUUUAAACAAAAUGAAUUUUCAGUCGUUCGACAACAUGAGGAAUUUAUCUGGCUCCAUGAUUCCUUCGUUGAAAAUGAAGACUAUGCAGGUUACAUUAUCCCACCAGCACCACCAAGACCUGAUUUUGAUGCUUCACGGGAAAAACUGCAGAAGCUUGGAGAAGGGGAAGGGUCAAUGACAAAGGAAGAAUUCACAAAGAUGAAGCAGGAACUGGAAGCUGAAUAUCUGGCAAUUUUUAAGAAGACAGUUGCAAUGCAUGAGGUGUUCCUGUGUCGUGUGGCAGCACAUCCUAUUUUGAGAAAAGAUUUAAAUUUCCACGUCUUCUUGGAGUAUAAUCAAGAUUUGAGUGUUCGAGGAAAAAAUAAAAAAGAAAAGCUGGAGGAUUUCUUUAAAAACAUGGUUAAGUCAGCAGAUGGAGUCAUCGUUUCAGGAGUGAAGGACGUAGAUGACUUCUUUGAGCAUGAACGAACAUUCCUUUUAGAAUAUCAUAACCGAGUUAAAGAUGCAUCUGCUAAAUCUGACAGGAUGACAAGAUCUCACAAAAGUGCUGCUGAUGAUUACAAUAGAAUUGGGUCUUCAUUAUAUGCUUUAGGAACUCAGGACUCUACAGAUAUAUGCAAAUUUUUCCUCAAAGUUUCGGAACUGUUUGAUAAAACAAGAAAAAUAGAGGCCCGGGUGUCUGCUGAUGAGGACCUCAAGCUUUCUGACCUGCUCAAGUACUACUUAAGGGAGUCGCAAGCAGCUAAGGACCUCCUCUAUAGAAGGUCAAGGUCACUGGUGGACUACGAGAAUGCCAAUAAAGCACUGGACAAGGCAAGAGCAAAAAACAAAGAUGUUCUACAGGCUGAAACUUCCCAACAGUUGUGCUGUCAAAAGUUUGAAAAAAUAUCUGAAUCUGCAAAACAAGAACUGAUAGAUUUUAAGACGAGAAGAGUGGCCGCAUUCAGAAAAAAUUUGGUGGAACUUGCAGAACUAGAACUAAAGCAUGCAAAG